ACUGGGAGUGGCUUUUGCUUUGUGUGUGAAGGAAGCCUCUGCUGGAGUGGCUGCAAGGCUUGGAUGUUGAGGUUCAUCUGAAAUGCUUUUCUGGCUGAGAGAGGAAGAAAUGUCUCUUCAAGAGCUCAACCAACGAUUGCACUGUGUGGUCAUUCAUGUUGAUGAAAUAAUGCAGCAGGAGAUACGACCUCUGCUGGCAACCGAUAUCAUAGAGCAACUUCACAGACAAUUUGCCAUUCUCUCAGGAGGGAGAGGCAACAAUGGAGCUCCGAUAAUAACAUUCCCCGAAUAUUCUGGCUUUGGGGAUCUUCCUGAUGAAGAUUUCCUUAACGUUGUAACAUAUCUCACUAGCAUUCCCAGUCUGGAGGCUGCCAGCAUUGGAUUCAUCAUUGUUAUAGACAGACGCAGGGACAAAUGGAGCGCUGUGAAGGCGUCAUUGACACGGAUAGCGGGGGCAUUCCCAGGGAACCUGCAGCUUGUUCUGGUGCUGCGUCCUUCCCGCUUCAUUCAGAGAACCAUCGCUGACAUUGGCAUGAAGCUACACCGAGAUGACUUUAAAAUGAAGGUACCGAUCAUCAUGUUAAACUCAGUCUCAGAUUUAUAUGGCUACAUUGAUAAAAAACAGCUUACAUGUGAACUUGGAGGGACCUUAGACUACUGUCAUAACCAGUGGAUUCAUAAUCGAACUGCUACUGAGAAUUUUGCAGUGACAGUGAAAACGACGGCGCAGAUGUUGCAGGUGUUUGGUACCAAUCUGGCUGAGACAGAACUCCCAAACGACAUUCACUGUACAGAGGAUCUCCUGGUCUCUCACACAGAAAAGCAUGACAAGCUCAAGGAUGAACUCCAACUAGCAUUGAAACAGGGGACCACCAUCCUCUCUUGCAUUAAGGAACGAGCAAUCAAAAACACAAGCUACAAACUCAACCAUGACGAACUGGAAAAUGUCGCUACAGUUGAACGGCUGCUGGCGCAGUUGGAUGAAACAGAGAAUGCUUUUGAGCAGUUUUGGUCCAAGCAUCAUCUAAAACUGGAGCAGUGUUUACAGCUGCGACAUUUUGAACAGGACUUUCGGGAGGUAAAACUUGCUUUGGACAGCCUUGUGGAGACUUUGGCUGCUUUCACAGACAUUGGAGACAGCGUAUCUCGAGUAGAACAACUUCUUAAGGAGCUUAAAGUAUUGGAGGAGAAAGCUCAGGUUAACCAGUGGUGUGAUGCUGGAAUAUACCUGCUGGCAUCCCAGGCAGUGGACAAGUGCCAGUCUCAAGAAGGUGCUGAAUCUGCCCUGCACGACAUUGAAAAGUUUAAUGAAACAGAGAAUGAGAACCAGCCGGGCAACCUUAAAGAACUUCACAAUCAGUUUGAAAUGAUUCUCACAUCUGAUGUAAAGGCCAAUGUCCAGAAGGCCCUCCAGAGACUAGGAGAUGUGCAGGAAAUGAUUGAAAAGAGACAAGUCAGUCUUAAGAAGUUGUCAGCUAAGCAGACCCGGCCUGUGCAGCCUGUGGCUCCCCGCCCAGAAUCUUCUCCGAAAUGGGCAUCCCCUAAACCAAUCACAAACACUGGUCCUACAGCAGCCCCCACUCAAAGGGCAUCCGAGAGUUCGAGUACCCCCAAGCCUCCUACUGAGGUUGAACUGGCAAAGAAGAAAAACCCCAGAAAAACUAGAAGUGGAAUCAAGAUUGAAGUAAUGCACGAAGCCAGCCAAGGAGGGUCCAGCCACAGUCUGGUGACAAAUGAAACCGAGGAAUGCCUGUCAAGCAGACGAAGGCACAUUAUGAAGGAGCUGGUAGACACGGAAAGAGUGUAUGUGGAGGAGCUUCAAAGCAUCAUUGAGGGUUAUUCUGCUGUGAUUGACAAUCCAGAAUUUGCCAAUCUUGUUCCAACUGCUCUGCAAAACAAAAAGGAAGUGCUUUUUGGCAAUCUUGGUGAAAUAUAUGAGUUCCACAACAGGACAUUUCUUAAAGAACUAGAAAAUUGCAUAGAAAAUCCAGAACUGGUGGGAACGUGUUUUUUGAAGAGGAAAGAAGAUCUUCAGAUUUAUGAAAAAUACUGUCAGAACAAACCUCGUUCUGAAGCCCUAUGGAGACAAUGUGGAGAUAGUCAAUUCUUUCAGGAAUGCCAGAGAAAGCUGGAUCAUAAACUUUCUCUGGAUGCCUAUUUACUGAAACCUGUUCAGAGGAUCACCAAGUAUCAGCUGAUGCUAAAGGAGAUGCUCAAAUGUUGUAAGAACUCAGAAGGCACUGCUGAGCUGGAGGAGGCCCUAGCGAGCAUGCUGGACAUCAUCAAGUCAGUUAAUGACUCUAUGCAUCAGAUUGCUAUUACUGGUUUUGAGGGUAACCUGAAUGAUCUUGGCAAACUGCUGAUGCAAGGGUCCUUCAACGUGUGGACAGACCACAAAAAAGGACACAGCAAGGUGAAGGAUCUUGCCCGGUUCAAGCCCAUGCAGAGGCACCUCUUUCUGUAUAACAAGAUGCUGCUGUUCUGUAAGAAACGAGAGGAGACUGUGGAUGGCCAUGAGAAGACUCCGUCAUACAGCUUCAAGCAUGCAUUAAAGAUGAGCGCUGUUGGCAUCACAGAAAACGUGAAAGGAGACAGCAAGAAGUUUGAGGUUUGGUACAGUGGCAGGGAAGAAGUCUAUAUAAUUCAGGCCUCAUCGAUGGAUGUGAAGCAUCUGUGGGUUACUGAAAUCAGAAAAGUGUUGACAGGACAAUUGGAAGCAUGCAGAGAGGCAAGCCAGCUUCACCAAAGGAUCACUGAAAAUGUCUAUCACGCUCCUAUGAAUUCCCCCAAUGCAAGAAAUAUGAGAAAGUCUUCUUGCAAGCAAGAAAGCAACAAGUCUGAGUCUUCGAGCCCUGAAACCGUUAAUAAGAGAAGCAGCCCUGCUAGUCCCAACACUAGACAGAAGAGAGCUGAUGCUUCUGCCAGUCAUAAUCUUGAGCGCUCUGCUCUUGCUAAAAAGCGAUUCACAUUGCAGGGUCUUUCCAACCGAAGGCCUCCCUCUAAAGAGCCUCAGUCUAAGGAGACAGAAGUCACACGUCGCUUCUCUUUAGCCUCCUCAGUCAGUUCCUCAGCUACUAGACACACAAAAGGUGCUCUUGCUCCUAAUCUUAAAGCUAAGAGGCAUGAAAUAAAGAGUGACCCCACUCCAUUGGGGUAUGAAGAUUCUUUAAGAGAUGCUGUACCAGCUGAAAGCAAACGCAGCAGUACUAUAAUUACAAACUCAGCUGUUACUAGAUCUACUUCCCAGCCAGGCUGGACAAAUAGACAGAUUCCAUCGCUGGACACUUGCGAGGAUUUUGAAGCGAUCCCUUCCAGCCCAGAGGAGCUCUCCAACUCUUCAGAGGCAGAGGAAGAACUCAGUAACAAAAAUGACCAUGGUGUGUUUCGAGUUCAGGUGACCUAUGAUGCUAAAACCUCCGAAGAGCUGUCCCUGGAGUCUGGGGAUUUGGUGCAGUUCCUGGAGGAAGGGGAGAAUGGCCAGUGGCUAGUCAAGAACCUUUUAACUCAGAAGACAGGGUUGGUUCCAUCCAGCAUACUGAAAACAGCUGGAAGAGUUCACUUAAACAGUAAUUCUGAUUUCUUUAGUGAUAUGUGCACUGCUGCAUUAACUGACACUGAAGAACAGGAAAGUGAAUACAUGGGGAAUAGAGCUACCGAAACAAAGGUUGAAAGUUGAAACACUGGAUCGCCUUUGCAUCUCUCUGUGGGCUACUAGCUCUGCCUGUGCCAUGCAUUACAUCCUCCCCAAGGCAGAGCACUGCAGAGGAAACUGUUUUUCUCAUCUGAAGACUAGGAGUUCCAGGUUCCCUCCAGCAUAUAACCCCCUGACACUCAGCUGUGACUGUAAAGCAGAUCACCAAUGCACUUGGCUGCUUCAUCUCAUGGCAAGAGAACUGCAUUCAUGCUUAAGUAUAAACUUAUUCUGAUGGAAUAAAGUGUUGCUUUAUGCAUUUUAUUUAGCACUGUUUCAGUGCCUUUCCACGGAUUUCCUACAGCUUGAUCCUUCAAUUCCUUUUAUGGAGCUUAACCGGUAUGGUAUAAAAGAAGAGGUCUGUGACUGAGUGAGAUGCCAAAUUCAGAGAUAGAAAAGCUACUGUGGAACUUGAAGUAAGAUGAUUGUACAUGUCCAUUUCUGCACCAGAAAUAUGAACUCUUUGAAGUAAUUGUAUGACCACAUUGAGCUGUUGUACAACUUAAAAUUGUAAUUCUCUUGUCAGGUGACUGGUUCUGGUGUGUUUUGCUGACUGUGUUGUCAUAGUGUUUACUUGUCUGCUUUCACGAUAAUAUGGGCCAAUAAUGGCACAAUAUUGAGCAGACCAAAUUAUAUUUACGAUAUCAAAUACAAUUGUUUUGCUUGAACGCUGAAAUAUAUUGUGGUGAUGAUAAACUGGCAUUCUAAAGACACAGGGUCACACUGGGUCUGUGAGACGUUGAUGUUUAAUACAGUUCCAUAUUAAAUACAGAUAUAUUUUAUGUUUAGUACAGUUCAGAUUACAUGAUAAACUGCUAGGGUGUGCAGGCAUUCUGAAAAGAAGAAAGGGCAGAGCCUACCAGAAGUGGACAAGAUUGCCUCAAAAGUGGAUCGAGCCAAACCCAGGUGUUGUAAAAAUGUAUUUUCUGUCCAAACGUGUGGUCCUGUCCCCAUCCUGCACAUCCCUACUGAUUUUAUAAUAAAUAUAAAUAUAAUUUAUUUAUCAUAUAUAGGGUAUAUUUACUGUCUUCUCCUCAUCUGCAACAAUGAGAUACUUAACUAAAAAAAAUGAAGCACUUCUUUUGUUUCUUCUAUUUUACAUUUUUGUUUGUCUAUUUACUUAAGAAAAUAUGUAACCUUUUUGUACAGUACCUGUAGCCAGAAAUACAGCUAUGCCCAAAAGUUUUGCGUUACCCUAUAAAAUUAACUAAUUUAGCUUCGUAAAGUCUAUUGAAACCGGCUAAAUAAUGUUACAUUAACAAUAUUGAAUUACAUACCGUUUUGUAGUUUUCCAUAUACUGACAGUUU